AUGGGAGAGGGGAGAGAGCCCCUAUGGGGAGGAUGGAAUAGCAGAGACAGCGAUCCAGACUCUCAGAUCCCAGCACCCCAAAAUCAACGAGCUGGCGAGGACGCUCCCGCCCCUUUCUGGGGGACCUGGUUAUCUCCUUCGAUCCCCUGUCAGCCCCUUUCCCGGGGCUUCCCUCGCCUUCGGUGGGCUGGCGCCUCCUCCCGAUGGUUCAGCCCGCCCAGCACCACCACCAGCCCUCCGGACACCCGCAUUCCCGUGCAGUCCGCCCGGCGUCAGCCGUCGGUCGGUCCACUCCUACCCGCAGCCUCAGUCUGCCCGGGUCUCACCUCGACGCCGGCCUCCGGACAGCUCCCGCUGCCGCUGCUGGCUUUUGCAGCAGCCGCAGCCCGGGAGGGAGCAAGUCAGCUAGGGAGGGAGGGAGGGAGGCGGCGGGUCUCCCUCCUCUCCCCUCCCGUGUGCUCAUCCCCUCCUCUCCGGUCCCCUCCCCUACGCUCCGCCGCCGUCGCCGCCCCCGCCCCUCGCGAGCCUCCAGCCCCUCCCGCCAGCCCAAGGGAGCCACGCGUUACCCAGGCAACCGGCCCGGGGACCACUCGCGCCCCCUCCCUGCCCCUUCCCACGCGCGCCUCCAGGAGGGACGCUUCCUUCUUAAGUCCCCGGCCCCUCCCGCCAACGGUCACCGGGAUUCCUGGAAGAGACGGGGAUUUGGGGAAAACGGAGAGGGUUCUGCGAGGAGACGGGACCAGUGAGACAGGCAGGACCGGGUGGAGGCGUCCCUACGAGCAGGAGGAGGGCAAGGAAGAUGGGGCAAGACGCGGGGAGGCUGCAGAGGAGGAGCAGGGUGGGGUUUGGAGAGAAUGGAGCCUGCAGAAAGGAGCGGCAGAAACUGGCGCUGGAAGGCUCAAAAAAGGGGCCCUGGAAAGGACGGAGCGGGGACAGGAAAGGGAAUUCCAAGGGGCAGGAGGAGCUGGGCAGAGGAGCCCAUGUAAACACGGAGUGGCCCAUGCCCAGGAUGAGGGACAGGUGCAGCUUUCAUUCUCUACCUCGCUGCUCCCAGUCCUAGGGCUCGGACUCCCCAGCCUUUCCGCAGCCGCAUCCACCCACCAUGGCCUCAGGACCGUGACGCGCGUGGGGAGGGAUGCGGCUGGGGGCUGAGCAGCGGCCAUGAGUGUGGACGGGGGAGGGCGGCAUUCCCGUCUGGCAGCUCUGUUUGGGUUUCUGACGGGGCCUCUUCAAACCUCCAGGGGCUAUUCUGGGCCUGUCCGGGUUGGGAAUUCCCCGGAGACCUGAAACUUGCUCUCCACAGCCACAGCCUUGGCCCCGCCCUGUAUCUGUGCUGCCGCCAGUAAGGCUGCCCCUGGGGAGGGCGGAGCCAGAACCUCACAGCCUCACAGGGCAGAGCAAGGCUGGAUUGACGGACACCAGGCCGAGAAGAAACCCUUGGGGUUGGGGGCAGUUAUUAGUGAGGGCAAUUCAUUCAAUCCAGAGCCAGAAACAGGAUUUUAUUUAAAAUUUAUUGUAAUGGGGUCCGCGCAAAAGGAAGGGGUGGAGGGUGGGGUACAUGCAGGGGACACAGGAACACGAUGACAUGGCCAGGGCCACAACUUCUUCUGUCGUGGGGAAGAGGGAUGAAAAGACAAGACCAGGGCUGGAGCUGGGGUGGAAGAGGGGAGGGGGACACUGGCUGCAUUCCCCCGCCCCCAGGAAGCACCUCUAGGCCCUGGACCCCUCGCUCACCCUGGCCCCUAAGACUCCAUCUCUUCUCUGCCUCUGGCCCUCCUGGCUCUUCCUCCUGCUCCCCUUGACUUUUUCCCCUGACAGAUUCUCAAGUAGGACGAUGUUCAGGGCCUGACCCCAAACCCCCAUACCACCUUAUGAAGGUAAAACCUUUGCUGGCCCUGCUUCUGCCUCUCCUCAAACCUCACCGCUUUCCCUCUUUGGGACAGCUCUGAUCCCCCUCCUUCCUCUCCUCCCUCCCCCUGGAAAAAAAAAAAAAAGGAAAAGAAAGCACCAACUCCCCGGGGAGGGGCUGCAGACAGCAGGGGGAGAGGACUGGAAGGAGAGAAGAGGACCGUCGAGGGAAGAGGCUCACAAAUCCCUGGGAAGACAGGGCAUGGGCUUACAGAGAGGAGAGGGGGUACGGGCAGUGGCUGCUCGUGUCCUCUGCCACCCCUGCCCACUGUCCAGGGGACUUCAACACAACCGAGGGGACAGGUUUGUUUGGGGUCAGGUCUGAUAGAAGAGAGGAGCAGGAGAAACAAAUCGUUAAAACCUAGCGAAUUCCCCUAAGAAAACAUUUCUUCCUUCUUUCCUUCUGGAGGCUCCUUGGUUGGUGGGGAAAUAGGAGUUGGUGGGAAAAGAGGGGGGAGAGGAGCUUGUACCAAGGGACUCUACUCCAUUCUCCCCUCUCCCCCGCAACCAACUUGGAGCUCACCAGGGUUGGGAGGGAAGUGGCUGAGAGCUCACAGGCACCCCCUCCGCCCCCGAGAGGGAGCCCACAGCUGUGGGAGGGGCUGCUACUGCUGCUGCCGCCGCCGCUGCCGCCGCCGCCGCCGCCAUUGGACAAACCUCACCAGUACCUGCACAGGAGAAACACCACGGAUCACAGCGCGAUCUGAAUGGCAAGAGCCUUGCCCUCACCCCGCACCUUCCCAGCCUGCUUCCCCUGGGACACAGCCGUUGCUCACUUCCUAUCUGGUCCCCAGAGGCCUCAGCCUGCAUCCUCACCUAGACAGAGCAGUUCUCAAGAAUCCUCCCUGUGCCCAGAAGUCUCCCUAGCCUGAGUGGUACAUGGGCAUCCCUCGCCUUCCUGAGAUCCCCUAUUGGGCCCUUUGAGCCCCGUUGUCCCCCACACCCCCCAUCCCGCCCCCCAGCCAUGCCCCACGCCUUGCCUGGUGGGUGCGGGGGUCCCCCUCAGCAGGUGGGCUGUGGCUGGGGGGCGUCUCCCGGGACAGGGGGGGCGGCCCCCCCCAGAUGGGUCUGCAUGUGGCCGGCCAGCUGGGCAGGGGUCUUGCAGUGCACGCUGCACAGCUUGCACAGGAUGCGGUCAGCCCGCGGGGCCUGGAGCCCGUGGUCCUUCACCGCGUGGAUGCGCAGGGUGCGUGCUGGUAAAGCCCAGCCCGUGUAUUCCACCUGCCCCAGGAGCUGGAGACAAGACCUUGUGGCUGCGCAGCGGAAACCUUGCCUUGUGACCCCUGGAACUCGCUUUCUUGACUACUCCUUCCCCAGAGCAGCCAAGUUCCACUCCUGCUUUCCCCACACAUGACCAGGAGGUUCAACCUCUCUGGCAGAUCAUCUCUUCCAACCAGGACUUCUUAGAGUCUAAUGAUGUUCAUUCAGGUGUCCCCCCGCUGCUCCCUUGACCUCUUGUAGGAAUCUAGACGCCACGAGCUCUUGGCUACAGCACCCUUAACCCGUAUCCGUGGCAAGGCGUCUGGCCAGGCGCCCACCCUCUGCCCCUGGCCCUCCCGGCAGCCCUCGGCAUGUACCUUUGUUGCAGAGCUCACAGACAUGGUGAGGACCCUGGCUGUGCACCUUCAUGUGGUCCGAAAUAUAAGCCGAGCUCAGCAUCUUGCCACACACGUGA